GAAAGAAACAAGGGGGAGAGAAGGAGAAGCGAACAUUUUUGAAAGAUCACUCAGCUUUAACACACCUUGGCUGGGUCUGGAUAAAAAAAAAAGUGGGCAUUGCAAAUUUCUAGAGGAAAACAUCAGGCGAAGAAAGAGGGGGGAUUCAGACCAAGGUGUUUUCCAGUUCCUUCCAAAUCACAAGCCAGCAGGUGGCUAUGGUAUGGAUGUGACGACGAAAAACAAACGAGAUGGCACUGAAGUCACUGAAAGAAUUAUCACAGAAACAGUAACUACAAGACUUACCUCCUUACCACCAAAAGGGGGAGCCAGCAAUGGCUAUGCCAGAACAGGCUCUCUUGGUGGAGGUAGCCGACUGGAGAAACAAAGCCUGACGCAUGGCAGCAGCGGCUACAUAAACUCAAGUGGCAGCAUCCGCGGCAACGCCUCUACCUCCAGUUACAGGAGGGCACAUUCACCUGCCUCCACUCUGCCCAACUCGCCAGGCUCCACCUUCGAAAGGAAAACCCACGUCUCCCGCCAUGGAACCUACGAAGGGAGCUCCAGUGGCAACUCUUCUCCGGAGUACCCCCGGAAGGAAUUUGCAUCAUCUUCAACCAGAGGACGGAGCCAAACACGAGAGAGUGAAAUUCGAGUUCGACUGCAGAGUGCAUCCCCAUCUACCAGAUGGACAGAAUUGGAUGAUGUUAAGCGUUUGCUCAAGGGGAGUCGAUCAGCAAGUGCCAGUCCCACCCGCAACUCCUCCAACACUCUUCCCAUCCCCAAGAAAGGCACCGUGGAGACCAAAAUGGUGACAGCGAGCUCCCAGUCAGUGUCAGGGACCUAUGACACGACAAUCCUGGAUGCCAACCUUCCCUCCCAUAUGUGGUCCUCCACUUUGCCUGCAGGGUCCUCCAUGGGGACCUAUCACAACAACAUGACAACCCAGAGCUCAUCGCUCCUCAACACCAAUGCCUACUCAGCAGGAUCAGUCUUUGGAGUUCCAAAUAACAUGGCGUCCUGCUCUUCCACCCUGCAACCUGGACUCAGCACCUGCUCCUCAGUGUUUGGCAUGCAGAACAAUCUGGGCCCCAGUUCGUCUGCUCUGUCCCAUGGCACAGCUCCUGCCACCACUUCCACAGCAUACAGUGUGAAGAAAAACGUGCCCCAGAGCCCUGCCGUUGUGAGCACCGGUGUAUCUACCACCUCUGCAGCCUGUACCUCCAAUGUCCAGAGUGAUGACCUCUUGCACAAGGACUGUAAGUUCCUGAUCCUGGAGAAAGACAACGUGCCUGCCAAGAAAGAGAUGGAGCUGCUGAUCAUGACCAAGGACAGCGGGAAGGUCUUCACUGCCUCCCCCGCCAGCAUCGCUGCAACUUCUUUUUCAGAAGACACCCUGAAAAAAGAAAAGCAGGCUGCCUACGCUGCCGACACUUGCCUGAAAGCGGAAACUAAUGGAGAUGUGAAGACCAUAUCCACAAAGGGCAAGGGCACCUCUGCAGAACUCCACGGCUAUGACCAUGGCGGCGGUGGCGUUGGAGGCAAAGGCGGUGGCGGCGGGGGACUGUGGGGGGGCGCACCUGCCUGGUGCCCCUGCGGCUCCUGCUGCAGCUGGUGGAAAUGGCUGCUCGGCCUGCUGCUCACCUGGCUGCUGCUCCUGGGGCUACUCUUCGGCCUCAUUGCUCUGGCGGAGGAGGUGAGGAAGCUGAAAGCCCGCGUGGACGAGCUAGAGAGGACCAGAACCAGCGUGCUGUAUUACGAGGACAAGAUGGAAAGGAGCAACAAGGACCGCCUGCAGGGUGCCGCACCCGACCUGGGCACGGGUGUGGGCAAAGCAGGCCUGGAUGACUCUAGCCAGGAGGCACUCUGGCUGUUCGUGAGGAACAAGCUAAUGAUGGAGCAGGAAAACGGAAACCUCCGAGGAAACCCUGGCCCUAAAGGUGACAUGGGAAGUCAAGGCCCUAAAGGAGAUCGAGGUCUCCCUGGGACUCCAGGUAUCCCUGGACCCUUGGGCCACCCAGGUCCAGAAGGACCAAAGGGACAAAAAGGCAGCGUGGGAGAUCCUGGCAUGGAAGGACCCAUGGGCCAGAGAGGGCGAGAGGGCCCCAUGGGACCUCGUGGUGAACCAGGGCCUCCUGGGUUUGGAGAGAAAGGAGACAGAGGACCUGCUGGGGAAGCUGGUCCUCAGGGCCCUCCUGGUGUCCCAGGUUCUGUGGGUCCAAAAGGUUCCAGUGGCUCUCCUGGCCCCCACGGCCCCCCAGGCUCCACAGGUCCCCAAGGGCUCCGAGGUGAAGUGGGACUCCCUGGUGUUAAAGGUGACAAAGGACCCAUGGGACCCCCUGGACCCAAAGGUGACCAGGGUGAGAAAGGACCUCGAGGUCUCACAGGCGAGCCUGGCAUGAGAGGUUUGCCUGGAGCCGUGGGUGAGCCUGGAGCUAAAGGAGCAAUGGGUCCUGCUGGCCCCGAUGGACAUCAAGGCCCAAGAGGUGAGCAAGGCAUGACGGGGAUGCCUGGAACCCGUGGCCUACCAGGACCUUCUGGAGACCCAGGAAAGCCAGGUCUCACAGGACCCCAGGGACCUCAGGGACUUCCUGGGACCCCUGGCCGUCCAGGGACUAAAGGUGAACCCGGCGCUCCAGGCAAGAUCGUGACUUCAGGUGGGUCAUCAACGGUCACUGUCCCAGGUCCCCCAGGACCUCCUGGUGCCAUGGGACCCCCAGGACCUCCAGGUACCCCAGGCCCUGCUGGCCCAGCUGGUCUCCCAGGACAGCAAGGUCCACGAGGGGAGCCAGGACUUGCGGGUGAAUCAUUCAGCAGCACUGGCAGCUCCAUCUCCGAGGUCCUCUCUGCUCAAGGUCUUGAUUUACGAGGUCCCCCAGGCCCACCUGGGCCACGUGGGCCACCAGGGCCUGCCAUCCCAGGUCCACCAGGACCCCGAGGCCCACCAGGGGAAGGCUUGCCAGGCCCACCAGGCCCACCAGGAUCUUUCCUGGCUGACUCAGACAACUUCUUCUCUGGCCCUCCAGGCCCACCUGGCCCCCCAGGCCCUAAGGGAGACCAAGGUCCCCCAGGCCCCCGAGGACGUCAAGAUUCCAGUUCCCUUGGAUUCAAUCUGCAGGGACCACCAGGUCCACCUGGCCCACAGGGACCCAAAGGUGAUCCUGGUGUCCCAGGGGCUCCUGGCAUCCCCGGAGGUCCCUCUCGAGGCGGAUCAUCAAGCACCAUGUACAUGCCAGGCCCACCUGGACCACCAGGGCCCCCUGGGCCUCCCGGCUCCCUCAGCGGCUCUGGCCAGGAGAUUCAGCAGUACAUCUCUGAGUACAUGCAGAGUGACAGCAUUAGGUCUUAUCUAUCUGGAGUGCAGGGUCCCCCGGGCCCACCGGGUCCCCCAGGGCCUGUCAUCACCAUGACAGGAGAGACUUUCGACUACUCAGAGCUGGCAAGCCACGUCGUGAGCUACUUGCGGACUUCAGGGUACAGCAUCAGCUCCUCCUCGUCCUCCAUCUCCUCUGAAGACAUCCUGGCUGUGCUGCAGCGUGAGGAAGUGCGACAGUACCUGCAUCAGUACCUGACGGGCCCUCCAGGUCCUCCAGGGCCACCAGGAGCUGGUGGAGAUGGGUCCCUCCUGUCUUUGGACUAUGCAGAGCUGAGCAAUCGCAUUAUCAGCUACCUGUCGAGUUCUGGGAUCAGCAUUGGGCUUCCUGGCCCCCCAGGGCCCCCUGGCCUCCCGGGAACUUCCUAUGAGGAGCUCCUCUCCUUGCUCCGAGGGUCUGAAUACAGAGGCAUCAUUGGACCCCCGGGUCCCCCAGGGCCACCUGGGAUCCCAGGCAAUGCGUGGUCUAGCAUCAGCAUGGAGGACCUCUCUUCUUACUUGCACACUGCUGGCUUGUCAUUCGUCCCAGGCCCUCCAGGCCCUCCUGGGCCCCCAGGUCCUCGAGGGCCCCCAGGUGUCUCAGGAGCUCUGGCAACCUAUGCUGCUGAAAACAGUGACAACUUCCGGAGUGAGCUGAUUAGCUACCUCACGAGCCCUGAUGUGCGCAGCUUCAUCAUUGGGCCCCCAGGCCCUCCUGGGCCACAGGGACCACCUGGAGACAGUCGCCUGGUGUCACGGGAUAACUCCUACAGUUGGGGUCACAGUUCUUCCUCCAAUCGGGGCACCUCCUACAGUUCUUCAACCAGUGUUGGAGGAACCAACGGAGGCUCGCUGGGUGAAGGUGGAGCCUUUGGCACAGGAGACGGGGGUCCCUACGGCACUGACAUCAGCCGAGGUGGGGGCUACAGAGCGGCAUCAGAAGGCGGCACGUAUGGCAGCAAUGGCGAUUCGCUCCGGGCUGGCUUUGCUGGAGACCUGGAUUACAAUGAGCUGGCUGUUCUGGUGUCAGAGAGCUUGCAACGUCAGGGCCUGCUACAGGGAAUGGCCUACACUGUCCAGGGCCCACCAGGGCAGCCUGGGCCCCAGGGCCCCCCUGGCAUCAGCAAGGUCUUCUCUGCCUACAGCAACGUAACUGAAGACCUCAUGGACUUCUUCCGAACUUAUGGAGCCAUUCCAGGACCCCCUGGGCAGAAGGGAGAGAUGGGCACCACAGGACCCAAAGGUGACAGAGGCCCUGCUGGACCACGAGGCCUUCCUGGGCCACCUGGCCCUCAAGGGCACAAGGGGGAAAAAGGAGACAAAGGUGACCAAGUCUACAUUGGGCGGAGGAAGAGAAGUAUUGCCAUCAAACCAUGAGCUGGACUUGGCAGAGCAAACCCCUGGACCCAUUCUUGAAAUGCAUAUGGACUCCUACGUCCAAUUCUCUCCAGAGGGUGAAAACUGGAGCCUGUCAAUGUCCUCCUGACACAGUCACCUAGAAACCCUUGUUUUAGUCUGAACAAAAAAAUUCAGGCAAAGAUACACAACCUGCAACAACUUCACUGGUGGACUUUAAGAAUAGCUGCAACAUUUUAGGAUGAGACUUACUUCCCUGAUGUCUAGAUCCGAGCUCCUUGGCUUUUUUAACACUUAGUUCAAGCCCCUAUCUAGGAAAGUCAUUACAUAAGCGUUGGCUUGCGAGUCUUGGAGCUUUCCCUAAAAAUGAGCUCAGAAAUGGAAGAUAGGGAUGGGGUGCCUUCCUAGAGGUGACACUUGGUGGGAGUGUCUUUUGGUUAUUGUUGCAAAAUUGUGCUAUUAUUAGUUCCUUUCUCCCAUCUGAGUGGCGGAGAGUUGGCCAAGAAGAGACUUGCAAUUGAAAAAAUUAAGAAAUCCACUUCCCCUGCGGGAGGUGACAGGGUUUCUAAUAGUUAUAUGUACAUAUAUAUGCAGGUCAGAUCCCCACUUGCUUAGGGAGUUUGAUUAUAGCUAUGAUCUGCAUCUACAGGCCCCUGCUAGGAUGUACAGAUGUUACACUCAACUAGACUAUAGCAAAUAGGACAAGAGGGGCAAUGGGCAAGGAGGGGCAAGAAGGAGAAGGCAGAAAUAGAAUACCUGAAGCUGGAGAAGGAUGGCUUCCGCUCACAAACAUCACCCUCUGUUCUGCUCUUAGGAAAUGGGAUGGCGGGGGUGGGGUUGGUGCAGUUGGUUUUUAAGCACUUUUCACUGUCUAAAAACAUUUGUAUGUGGUCUAUAAGAUGAAAAAUCAUUUUAAUGUAAAAUUUUCAAUUAAAGGGUUUUUUCUUUUUUAAUAUCAUGUCUAAUAUGAACACCUGAGCAAAGAUUUUAAAAAUAUAUUCUGGGUUAAUUGGGUCUCACAGCUUAUUAUAAACACAAGCACACAAUACAAGUUGUACUUUGGGACACAGCUUUUGUCAUUUUAUUAAAUUGAGCUCCUUUAAAGACAGGACUUCAUCUAUAACUAUUAACUCAAUCUGGCAUAUUAUAAAGUACCUGAAAAUUUCCUUAAGCAUGGGUUACUUGAAAUACAUAUGCACCAAAAAGCAACAUUAUUUGAAAUUAAUGUAGUGAUUUAUCCUGAUGCAAAGGAAUUAUGAUUCCAGGCCAGAAAUAUAUGCAAAAUCAAAACACCUAUUUAGGGAAGUUAUACAAAUAUCAAACAUCUCAAGAAAAUGUACAUAAAAUCAGAUAAUCGAAUCCAAAGAGACUGUACUUCUUGGCCAACUUGUUAAUUUUUUACAAGCUGUGAGUUCUGACUACUGGAUAAUAAAAUAUGGGGUUAAAUUAAAUCUACUUCUAAACCUC